AAUCUGCAUCAUGGAUGACUCAAAAAUUGAGCAAAGAACUAGCUGAUGUUAAAAAGAAGUUGCUUGAUCUUACAUUAUCUGGAUCAAAUUUCCAAUCACCAAAUCCACUGCUUGAGGCUCCUCUGGAUCCGACGAAAGAGUUAUCUAGAUUGUUAGUUGAGCACAAAUACGAGGAAGCAUUCCCUGCAGCCUUGCAAAGAAGUGAUGUGUCUAAUAUUGUACCGUGGUUGUGCUCUCAGGUUGAUUUACCUGGAAUAUUGUCGAUGAAUCCUCUCCCUUUGAGUGAAGUACUUGUUUCACUUCUUAAGCAGUUGGCCUGUGAUGUUAGCAGGGAGACAUCCCCCAAACUGUCCUGGAUGAGGAAUGUGCUAUCUGCCAUUAAUUCCUUAAGUUUUUUAGCACAGAAUUAAGACUAGUACUCUUGAUGAGUGUGUUGCUGUUUACUCAGAAUUAGUAAGAA